AUGACAACAAUGUUCGUCCAACUGCGCCGCGUGGUGUACCUCUUGGUGUUUCUUACCUGCAUUUCUGCUUUGGUUCUCGCUCAGGGGGAAAAGGGAGUUGUAACAGAGGUUGCAAAAAAUGAUGUUGAGGCGGCAGUGAUAGACCAAGAAAAAGCGUGGGGGACGUAUUUGGACAUUCCGAACUUCACCAAAGAUGAACUCGGGAAAAACGAUAUUUUGGGGGAGACUGGAAACGCGGAUUUGAGGGAUAUAGUGUGGAGGACGUUGGUGAUCGUGAGGGAUUCCGAGAUUCAUUUUAAGAAUGGAACGGCCUGUGCAUCCGAGUGGAAAAAGGUGGUAGAAGCAAAUGAGAAGACGGUAAGGGAUGCCGAGGAGGCCACCGAGAAGAUUAAGGGUCUUAUCAACAGAAUUGAUGAGGUGGCGGAUCCGGAAACGAAGGACAAAUACGGUAAAAAAACGCCUAUGAAGCUGAAGGAUGCCUGCGACGCAGAGAAAUUCGCAAAACUGAUUCAGGAUAUACAAGAGAUACUGGGAGAGACAAAAGAGAAGGCACCAGGAAAAGAAGUGGUAUUUAAAAUUGCUGAGGCUAAACAAGCGGAACUCCUGUGCAAGUCGAAGCGUUCUGACGUGGAUCAUAUUUUGAGGGAUCUUGAACGGAAGGUUGAAGGCAUUACUUCAUAUGUGGGAGAUUAUAAUAGGAGCGACAACGCAAUGUUGGUGAAGAGGGUGGCCGAGGGAAUAAACGCCACAUUACGAAAUGUCACGGCACUAAUUGACAAUGUUACGGUUCAGGACAGAUUUGCGGUGGGAAGGAUAAAAACCCUGGUGCAGGAGUGGAAAGAGGCGUACGCAGAGCUUGAGCGACUUGCAGAUUUGAGAAGUGCGUGGACGUCGGACACCAGCAAUCAGAAGUGUAAGAUUGGGGAAAAGCAAUCGCAGCUUGAGGCAAUAAGCGGGCUUAUCAAGGAACCUCUGGAAGAAAUUAAGAACGCUACGGAUACAGUAGGUGCAGUGGAUGAACGAGCGAAGGAAACCAGAAAAGAGUACGCCCGUCUGGUCAUAAGAAAUGUGACGGAGGCAAUCAAGAAUGUUACCACGGGUAUGGAGGAGAAGAAGAAAGAGGUUGCCCGAGAAAGGGCUCGAAGAGAGGAAGAAGCGAGAAGAGCUGCGGAAAAGGCCAGACGGAAGAGGGAAGAAGAAGAAAGGGCGAGACAGGCAGCGGAAAGGGUCAGAGAAGAACAAGCGAGACAGGCAGCAGAAAAGGCCAAGGAAGAACAAGCGCGACAGGCAGCAGAAAAGGCGAGACUGGCGGCGGAACAAAAAGCCAGGGAAAAAGAGGCGCGACGGGCAGCAGAAAAGGCGAAACAGGAAGAAGCAGAAAAGGCCAAGAAAAAGAAGGAUGACAGCAGCAGUCCUGCAUUGGUGCACAGUUCCUUGAUUCUUCUUGUCCUGUGUGUGCUGGGUUACACUCUCGUGUGCUAA